UCAAGAGCUCUUCUAGCAUUCACUUGCUUGCUUAGCCAUCAGUGCUUUGUUUUUGCUUUCCCUGCUAUUACGCAGCAUUGUUCCCUUUAUUUGUCAAUAAAGCACAUUCGUGAUCUCCUCGCGCUUGCCUGUUACACUGAUGUUCAUCCCGAAGCAUUUGCCAAUAUGCUAAGCUAUCUGUAUACCUACCGCGUUGAUCUCAACCGCGAGACGGUCUUCCCUACGCUGUACUGCGCCGACAGAUACGAUGUGCCAGGGCUCGUCGAUGCCUGCUUUCAGUUUGCCAUCUGCGCUCUUGAAGCGCGCACCUGCUUAAUGCAUUUGGGCUUGGCAGUUGAAUGGCAAGCUGCAGUCUUCGUGGAACCCUGCUUAAAAGUGAUAGAUGUUCAUGCCGAAACUGUUUUACACUCCGAAUAUUUCAAGACACUGGACAAGCGAACACUGGAGCUGAUUCUGCCGCGCUGCACAUUGCAGGCAAAGGAGAACAGCAUUUACGAGGCAGUCGCAGCAUGGGCUGAAGCAGCCUGCAUCCGCAAUAACGAGGAGCCAAAUGCUGCCAACCGGCGGCGAAUGCUGGGCGGACUGCUCUUCCUUGUGCGAUUCCCGUUGAUGAGCGAGCAGGAACUGCAGGAUGGACCCGUUGCGGGUGGGCUGUUACUGUCAACCGAAUUGUUGGACCUUUCCCUAACCAAACACGCCGCAGCGCAGUCGAAAAAACCACCGUUUUCGGCUCAGCCACGGCAAAUGCCGUCGACGUAUGAUGGCAAUUUUUGCACACUGCCGGACACCGUAACGGUUGUGUUGCGACGUGGCGAGGACGGUCAACUAGGAUUCUCGAUAGUAUCUGUUGGUGGGAAUGGAAAGUGGGCUGGAGAUAAGCCCAUCUUUGUGAAAACGAUCGAAGUCGGAGGAAGAGCCUAUGAUGACGGACGACUACAGCCUGGCGAUCUCAUUAUGCCGGUGAACGGACAGAGUUUGAAGGAAGCCACGCACGAUCGGGCAGCCAGCGUGUUGCGGAACGCCGGAAACGUAGUGGUCUUGGACGUUAUUCAUGUGAAUUUGUAUGUGUCUGCUCACCAUUCCUGUACCACUCCGAGUGGAUGCUCAUGGAUUGUGCUGCGGGAGAAACUUGGACUACUAGCAAUAAAUAAUCAAUGAUUGGUUAAGUAAUGUUAACAGUUAAAUAAGCAGCAGUUGGCUAAGUAGUGUUAACCAAUUGGUUAUAUGCCAUGAUUGUAGAACGACCGCCGAUAUAAGCAGCUAGCAGCUACUACUCUGACUCUUGUUUUGCUAGAAGUAUUGGUUUCUUCUCUCUUAUAACUGUGUGAAACAAUCUAA